ACGCCCGGCCCGGGUGUGAUCAGCAACCGGGAGCCGCGACGGCACCUGGAGGCGGCUCCACCCCCGUCCCAGGAAGGGAGCGACCAGCGGGGCGGGAGGGAGGGAAGGAGGGGAGCGGCCGGAUCCGACGGGACGAGACGGGGCUGCCCCUCAGAGGCUGCGCGACCCCGCGGGCAGCGGCCAUGGCUUUCGGGAAGGCUCCGAAGGACCCGUUCAGCACCGUCGUGGGCAGCCUGAUCGAGCGGGCGACGUUCGGAGCGCUGCAGACGGAGGAGUGGGGGCAGUUCAUGCACAUCUGCGACGUGAUCAACGCGACGGAGGAGGGGCCUAAAGAUGCGGUUAAAGCACUAAAGAAAAAGCUUUCAAAAAACUGUAACCAUAAGGAAAUCAGGCUUACCCUGUCUCUGCUUGACAUGUGUAUAGAGAACUGUGGCCCAAGAUUCCAGUCGUUAGUUGUGAAGAAAGAUUUCUGUAAAGACAAGCUGGUGAAACUGCUGAAUCCGAGAUACAACCUGCCAAUUGACCUGCAGGAGAAAAUCUUGACCUUUGUGAUGACGUGGGCCCGAGGUUUCCAAGGAAUGGUGGAUGUGAGCGAAGUAAAAGAAGUUUAUCUAGAACUGCUGAAGAAAGGAGUGGAGUUUCCAUCUUCUGCCACCAGCAGAGGGGGACCCAAGACUUCAUCUCAGCCCUCUACAAAGUCAUCACCAUCUUCUGCUAAUCCUGCAAAUCGUUCCUUAUUGCCUCUUCCCACAGGCCCAACGUUACUGUUGACUGCGGAGCAGGUUGGGAAAUUGUACAGUGAACUGGAUAUGGCAAAAAUGAAUGUGAGAGUCAUGUCAUCAAUAUUGAAAGAAAAUGUUCCUGGCUCUGAAAAUCCAGAUGAUAUGAAUCUUUUACAGAAACUGUAUAAGACCUGUCGGAUGAUGCAGGAGAGGAUCGUGGAAUUGCUGGUGACAGUGGAGAAUGAAGAUGUGAUAGUUGAGUUAAUACAAGUAAAUGAAGAUUUGAAUAAUGUCCUCCUGGGACAUGAAAGGUUCUCUCGGAACAGAGUUCGGUUUUUGGAGAAUCAGAGGAUACAACGUGAACGCGCAGAGCUGUACAGCAAACAGCCAUCAGCGCCCUCAAGGGAUCUCCUGGACCUCUCUCCUGUGUCAACAGUGGCGAAAACUGCCUCUGCAGCAUCUCCUUCGGGCCUUAAUUGCGUGUCUGCACACCCUGAAGAUAAAAACAGGCAUCAUCCAUCAAUUUAUCCACAGCUAGAUUUACCAACUGCUACAAAAGCUCAGCAAUUCCCAUCUGCAACUGAAGCACAAAACAAUAGUGUAAGCAACACAGCUGGACACUCAUAUAGCAAUUUGGCCACUCUCUUAAGCCCAGUGCCUCUGCAUCCAGUAAAUCUACAGACUGGAAAUACUACAUCGUUAAAUGGACCAUCACCAGCAGCUGGAUCAAAGAACAAGUCACAGUCAAGUCAUUACUAUGAGAUAAUGGAAUUUGAUCCCUUGGCUCCCACAGAAGCUAUUUAUGAAGAAAUUGAUGUCAUGCUGAAGGCAGAAGUUAAAAAGGAUGCUGAAGGUGGAGGUGAAGCCUUUUGCUGAUGCUGGUCCUGUGCAGCAGUUCCUAUAACGUACAAGUGAAUAACAGAACAGUUUUGCUAUUCGGACACAACAAACAACUAUCAGAAUAUUAAGCUUUGUGGAAGUUGAAGAGUUACUUGAAUCUACACCUUGAUAACUUGUCCUGUGUAUUUUUCAAGGUGAUGUGCCCAAUUAUUUAUUGAGUAUUUUGGGGGCCUUUAAAAUAUGAUUUCCAAAUUCACCCACGUAUGAAGUUAACACUUGACACCUGACACAAGAAAAAGGACUCUUGCAACUAUAGAAGAAAGAUUUUUCUUCCAACUGCUUUUUUUUGCUGCUCUACCCCUUUAUGCAGCAAACAAAACAAAAUAGAAUGUUACGUUUACAGAAACUGCAGAAUCCAAUUUCUAUUUUGGCCUCAUUGCUGUCUGUGCUUAUCUCCCUAGAAAUUUAUGAUGGGUUUUUAUAUGGACGACUUUUCUAAAAUGGAUCCUCUUGAUAGAUACCUGAAAACACACUGUUCCUUUCCUACGGUCAUAUUUUGAAUACAGAUUGUUUUCUUCCUAAAAGCCCACAAUAUAGCUGAAUUUUUGUCUUGGUAAGAACUUGAGCUGGGACACAAGGUGCUGUUAUCCACACUUAACAGAACAGAAAAAAAAAACCCUGCUUGUUCCUGUGGUGUUGUUGCUUUUAUUUACUCAGUAAAUAUUGGAGGGGAUCAAUCGUUUACUUCAAUGUUCCUGCCCUGCAGAGAUUGCUGUUCUGGUGAAGGAAAAACCAAUCAUCUACAAUGCAGAUGAGCAAUAGUUAUUCAUUUAUUUUAAUCAAGUUGUUUAACCCUGUUAAUAACAGUUUUAUCUUUUAAGAAUUAAAGUGCCUUAUCUAUUUUAAUGCUGAAUGCAAAAUGUGCACUUUAACAGGUAUAGUUCUCUGAAUUUAUAAUUGAUAUAAAAUUUGAGAACUUAGUUCGUGUUCAUAGCUGAUAAGCUAAUUUUUGUGAAAUACUUCAUUUAAAGUGUUUAUUAUGUUAACUGUUUAAGUGAUAAGUAGUUCUCAGUCGGUUAUGCAAUUUUGUGGCAUAAUAUUCCAAAUAAAAGCAAGCACUUACUGAGAACCCCCAUCACUUUUGAGUUUUUACCAGACUAUAUGUGUAUUCCAAGUACAAAAUGCAGACAGUGUUGGAAGUAUUUUAGUGUGAAUCCAUGGUGUUUCAUCGCAUGGUUAGCAAUUUUGCAGCUUGCUGUAGUGCCAUUAGAACGCCUUACUUCUAUCCGAAAGACCUUGAAGAAGCUCGGGGUUUUUGGUAAGUGGAGGUGAAAAGGUAAGCUGCUUUAUUAUUAUUUUUCUGGUAUUAUUGUCCAUUGUUUGGACAGCAGCCUGAGAAAACUGCUGAAAAAGGAGGUGGAUCAAUGUUUUUUUUCUUCCACUUACAGUUUAGUUGCGUUGUUUCAAAGCCCAGCCCAUUGAAGUGUAACAGAUUAAAAUAGGCUAUUUCAAUAUGGCAAUCCAUAACCAAUGAGUGCCAACUGAACUUUUCCAUAUAUAAAGAAGAAACAUGGUCACAAAUAGAUGGAAGCUCUGAAGGGAACUGGUUCGUUAUUGAGGUUAGAGAGCUUGUUUAAUAUUGGGAAUGUGCUCAGUAUCUGUGCAAACUUGAGCUUUCAAACUGAGGGAAAAGCCCAUGUUUUUAUGGAACUGGCACUUGCCAGGAUAUUUGUUUUCUUGUGAAGCAUGUGGCCAGAAUAAAGCCAUGUGUGGAAAGCUCCCAUAAUCAGCACAACUGUCAAAAAGACAAUGAACAAAAGACAACCCAGGUAAGAAGUUCUGCUGGAUCAUAUGCAUCAGAGAGAUGAAUGUUUAAAAACUUUAAUAAAUACACAGUGAAGACCUGACAUGAAUGUCAUGCAGAAUCUAUUUAAACACCACAUAUAAUUGGUACAAUAAUGCAUUUUAAAGGUAGCAUCCAUUUAUUUGCAAAAAAAGCACUUUUGAAAUUAUGGUAUGCAGACGUAACUGAGACUAACUGGAAGUUAUUCUGAUAUACCCAUGACCUUUAUGGAAUCCAAACCAACCAACAUUAGUCUUACUUUCUUAGAUCUCCUCUGCUGACGGGGUAGAAAGAACUGGCCUAGCAGAUGAGAUACUGGGCCGAGAUAAAUUCCUGCCUGAAAAUGAGGAGGUCACUUGAACUUGCUCUGCAACUCCUCAUGUGCAAAGCUGUGAUAAAGUGUUAUUAUCCUGACCCCACAGAUAAUGACCAAAAGUUGCAUAAAUAUAGGCUAAUGUGUUCGGAUGGUAAACAGGGAACCUCAGGUACCCCUGAGCAACUGAUGGGCUGCUGGGCAGGCGUUGUGGGACUUACUGUCUGAAUGUGGUUGGUUUCCUUUUGGUUUUGGGGGAGGCUCCUAUAUUAUUUAGCCUGCAAUUUAGAGUAUUUGUUUAUGUACUACCUUUCCCUUCAGAGCAUUUCAUACGUAAGCCAAGUUUAUCUGUGUAGAGGUGUACAGCCCUCUGCAGAAUGCAGGUGAAGUCAGUAGCAGUACAGAUAUUUUAAAUGGGUUGAACACAACAUUGAAGUUUGAAGAUGUUUUUUCUAAAUAGAACCCAUACGACAUACAUUCAAAUUACUGUUCCACAUUGAAAUGAUAAGUUUGAGAGCAGCCUGCUCUUACCAAAUGAACUACUGAUUCAGUAAUAAUUUGAGAGAGUGCAUCAUCUUCUGAAUCAUCGUAUCCUCCAGUGCCACAGGAGGGUUACAUAGCAAUACAGUCUCACUUUGUUUACUUUUGAGAUUUCAUGAACUGAUUAGUUACUUUAUUAAAAGGUAAAAGCAGGUACAUAGAAGUUAUUCUUCAGAGCCAGAAAUGCAAUUUUAGAUGUGUAAUAAACUGAUUUGUUCCUCUGUAUUUAAAUGAAGAUCUCAAUUUACCCUUGGGUUUAAAAAUUUGGCUCACCAUAUUCAGAUAACAUGUAUCACUUUGUAAAAAGAUGGCUUCAGAAAACCUCUCUCUUCCAGGAACAGUGUGUUCCUUUCUGUUGUCUGAUGAAGAAAUACUAUUCCUAAGAAAUAAUAUUCCAGCUACAUAA